AUGUUAAUCCAUCCUAAGCUCGGGAACACCGGUGCUAGCAGUCCGCGGCCGGCUCCGACCACGGAAGAGGACGCGCACACGGAAACGGCCAGCGACGAGGCGGUUAGCAACAACCCUAUUGACUGCUGGCGGAAAUACGAGCGGUGGCCUUGGAAGUUUUUCGAGUCCGAAAACGACAUGAGUCACUUACUUGCGAGGAAGGAAUCCACUUCCACACUUCGCCGGAAGUCAUCGGUGCCGUGGGCCAACUCGAGCAACAUCACCCCCACGCAAUCCAAUCAAAACCCCAGGGAAGCAAAAAGCGCGCCAUACAGGGAUAAGAGAUAUGAGACGCUUCUCGAGAUGAAAAACAGUUUUCUGCGUAAGGAUGACGCUGGGGUCAAGAAGGAGGCGAAAAAGCUGUGCCGGGAUCUCCUCGAGAUGGAACAGGCAGCACCCAAAGACACGCUGUUUAGCGAGGACAUCUUCGAGGAAACUUGCGAGAUAAUGCGGACGAGAAACGAAGCUCGACUCACCCGCGACGUCACGUUGUUGAUCGUUCCCUCGGCGGAAAUUCACACGAUACGCCACCCUCGACACCUAAGGAUUCUGGUGGAGACUGUCAACCGAGGCUGGAUCAAGUCAAUUCCUUUAUUUAAACCUCGUCCACAACCAGACUAUGCAGUCGGAUUCCGUCCGUCGGCCUUUUCAGAAAAACAUCUCCAACGUCUGAAGCCCUUCAUUGGAACUGCGUUGGAAAAGUCGUACUUCGCAGUGACGCGGUACAUGUACUUCCCCUUUCUUACUUGCGAGGUCAAGUGCGGCGCGGUGGCGCUAGAUGUCGCGGACCGGCAGAACGCCCAUAGCGCGACGCUCGCGGUACGCGCCGUUGUAGAGCUAUUCCGGAAAGUAGGGCGUGAGAGUGAGGUCAAUCGCGAGAUUCUAGCCUUUUCUAUCUCACAUGACUAUAGAUACGUUCGCAUCUACGGUCACUACGCCGUAAUUGAUGGGAAGAACACGAAGUAUUAUCGUCAUAACAUUGACGAUUUCAGCAUUACAGCUCGGGAAGGCAAGGAGAGGUGGACGGCGUACAAAUUCACCAAGAACGUCUACGACAACUGGAUGCCCGACCACUUCAAGCGCAUCUGCUCCGCCAUCGACGAUAUCCCCGAGGUCGAUUACGAUGCGUCUCAGUCGGAACUGCGGUUUUCAGGCCAUACGGGUCUUUCGCAGGAGCUGGAAAGCCACCACCUUUCGCAGUCACAGGAGUCGGCAUCGGUUCCUCGUCGAGAAGAUGGGUCAAGCGUUGCUUCUGUUGGAGCCCCGACUCCUGACACGCCUCUUUCUCAGAGCUUCAGGAAGCGGAAGCGGAAUUAG